CUCGUGCGCGGUUCCGGGCGUCGCGAUGAACAUCGUGAUAGAGUUCUUCGUGGUCACUUUCAAAGUGCUCUGGGCGUUCGUGCUGGCCGCGGCGCGCUGGCUGGUGCGGCCCAAGGAGAAGAGCGUGGCGGGCCAGGUGUGCCUCAUCACGGGCGCCGGCAGCGGCCUGGGCCGCCUCUUCGCGCUCGAGUUCGCCCGGCGCCGGGCACUGCUGGUGCUCUGGGACAUCAACACCCAGAGCAACGAGGAGACGGCGGGCAUGGUGCGCCACAUCUACCGCGACCUGGAGGCGGCCGACGCCGCGGCGCUGCAAGCUGGAAAUGGUGAGGAAGAAAUUCUGCCCCACUGUAACUUGCAGGUUUUUACCUACACCUGUGAUGUGGGAAAGAGGGAAAAUGUCUACCUGACCGCAGAAAGGGUCCGCAAGGAGGUCGGCGAGGUCUCAGUCCUGGUCAAUAAUGCUGGAGUGGUCUCUGGGCAUCACCUUCUGGAAUGUCCCGAUGAGCUCAUUGAGAGAACCAUGAUGGUCAAUUGCCACGCACACUUCUGGACCACAAAGGCUUUCCUUCCUACCAUGCUGGAGAUUAAUCAUGGUCAUAUUGUGACAGUUGCAAGUUCCUUGGGAUUGUUCAGUACUGCCGGAGUUGAGGAUUAUUGUGCCAGUAAAUUUGGAGUGGUGGGUUUUCACGAAUCCCUGAGCCAUGAGUUAAAGGCUGCUGAAAAGGAUGGAAUUAAAACAACGUUGGUUUGCCCUUACCUUGUAGACACGGGCAUGUUCCGAGGCUGCCGAAUCAGGAAAGAAAUUGAGCCUUUUCUGCCCCCGCUGAAGCCUGAUUACUGUGUGAAGCAGGCCAUGAAGGCCAUCCUCACGGACCAGCCCAUGAUCUGCACCCCCCGCCUCAUGUACAUCGUGACUUUCAUGAAGAGCAUCCUCCCUUUUGAAGCAGUUGUGUGCAUGUAUCGGUUCCUAGGAGCAGACAAGUGUAUGUACCCGUUCAUUGCUCAGAGAAAACAAGCCACAAACAAUAAUGAAGCGAAAAAUGGCAUCUGAGGAUCUUUUUUGUACGGAAUAUCGUUUCUAUCAGAAGACGAUCCAGGUGUUUCAGUCCGACACACAUCAGCAUUACUGACAGUCUCUGGAUUCUAAACCCACGUCGACUUUUUUUUUUUUAAUCAACUUUAAAAAAUAAAUAAAUGAAGUGCAAAUUAACCGACUAGAAGACUUGGAAACGGGAUCAGCAGAAGUGAGCUUAUGUUGUUGCCAACAGGGUCCUUUGAGGCAGAACCCUGAAACCUGUCCUAUCUUUUAGACAAGCACUGUGUGACAUCUCCAGGCUACCAUUAUUUUUCUUAAAGAGCAGAAAGCCUAGAGAUGGGAAUGACAGUGUGUUUCACCUGUGUGGUUUUUUUUUUUUUUUUUUAAUAUCCGUAGAGUUUAUUAAUUCUUGUAAUUAAACUCUAGCCAAUUGACACCCUUGCGACUUCAAGGACUGCUAGUGCUAUAUUUUCUCAUGUUUUCUAAGUUUCAGUUUUGCAAAGCCCAUGGGGCUACUUGUGGUGUUUGUGUGUACAGCUCUUUUAAAAAAGGAAUUUUGAAAUCUCCAUCAAUUUGAAGUAAAUGAUGUUUGAUUAUUACAGUAACGGGAUCAGGUCUCUUUCUUAAAGUCAUAAGGACUAAAGUGUUAGCCGAAUUUUUAAUUUUGUCUCUGAAAUCUUUCCUUAAAGCUCUAUUUCUCUGGAGACCUACUUAUCCACAAAGGUCAUACAUUUUCUACCUGUGAAUUUUGCUGCAUACAGAAAGUGCCCUUUCCUCAGGAAGUUGCUGUGUUUCAUUUCUUUGAAUGGACUUUUAUCUAGAAUACAUAGCAGCUCUGCAAAGGAACAGUUUCUAAAAAUGGGAACUUCUACAUUAAAAAAAAGGUCCCCAUUUUGUGCCAACUAUGAUUAGUGAGGGGGAAAAAUCAUAUUCUGUGGAGUACGUAUUGGAAGGGUGUAAAGAUUCUUUUGAAAGUUUUAUUCACAUUGUAGAACAGCAAUUGACAUUUUUACAGUAUUUUUUUGUAAAGCAAACUAUUUUGUGCCUUGAAUUUGGUAAAUGUGUAUUAGUGAAAUGUUGUUAAAGUGGACUUCUACCUCUGUAUCUAAAUGUAUACCAUCCACUUGUAAAUUACUAUAAACUAUUAUGUGAUUGCUUUUUUUUUUUUUUAGAAUGUCUUGUUUAAAUAGCAACCAAUGUUUAAGGCUAUUAAAAUAAGCCAUCUUUUACUAAUUAAUUGGGAAGUUUUAUAAAGGACUGAUUAAAUUUAAAGAAUUAACUUACA